AUGGAGGUGCUAAGGGUGCAAACCGUUGCUUCUUCACAGUCCAAAGAUGCUGCAAUCCCAGCCAUGUUUGUUAGGUCAGAGACAGAGCAACCAGGCAUGACAACCGUCCAAGGGGUGAACCUUGAGGUGCCAAUCAUUGAUUUUAGUAACCCAAAUGAAGAGAAGGUGUUGCAUGAGAUUGUGGAGGCUUGUAGGGAGUGGGGCAUGUUCCAGAUUGCGAACCAUGAGAUUCCUAGCCAUGUUAUAAGCAAGUUGCAAAGUGUGGGGAAAGAGUUCUUUGAGUUGCCCCAAGAAGAAAAAGAGUUGAUAGCUAAGCCUGGUGGGUCUGAUUCUUUGGAAGGGUAUGGCACAAAGCUUCAAAAGGAGGUGAAUGGCAAGAAAGGGUGGGUGGAUCAUUUGUUCCACAUUGUGUGGCCUCCUUCCUCCAUCAACUACCGUUUCUGGCCCAAAAACCCUCCUUCUUACAGGGAGGUGAACGAGGAAUACUGCAAGCACCUACGUGGGGUGGUGGACAAAUUGUUCAAAAGUAUGUCAAAAGGGUUGGGGCUUGAAGAAGAUGAGCUAAAGGAGGUUGCAAAUGAAGAAGAAAUGCAUUACCUUUUAAAAAUAAACUAUUACCCACCUUGUCCAUGUCCUGAUCUUGUCCUGGGUGUGCCACCACACACAGACAUGUCUUACCUCACCAUUCUGGUCCCGAACGAGGUUCAAGGUCUUCAAGCUUCCAGGAAUGGUCAAUGGUACGAUGUUAAGUAUGUCCCCAAUGCCCUUGUCGUUCACGUCGGUGACCAGAUGGAGAUCCUGAGCAAUGGAAAAUACAAGGCAGUUUUUCACAGAACUACAGUGAACAAAGACAAGACAAGAAUGUCGUGGCCAGUGUUCAUAGAGCCCAAAGCAGAUGGUGAAGUGGGUCCUCACCCAAAGUUGAUUAACCAAGACAAUCCUCCAAAAUACAAGACCAAGAAAUACAAGGAUUAUGCUUACUGUAAGCUCAAUAAGAUCCCUCAGUGA